AAAAAGCAAAUCAAAGACACAAACAUCACUACCAACUGAUCCCAUCUGAAGACACUGAAGACAUGGACGGCAUAUCAUCGGUGAAUAUAUUCAUACCGACCAAACUGUUUGUAUCGCCAAACGGUCUGCUCUUCGGCUACCAUCGGGUGGACAAGAGGUCACUGAAUGUGAACAUUACGGCAAUGACUUCGCGCCGAUUGUUGGCCAAACUCGGCUCCGGAGGGAGACAACUGUCCCAAUCGUUGGCCACCGCCGCCGACACCACCACCUCUACCACCGAUGACGGCACAGACAUUCAUAUGUUGGGAACCAUUGACAGCGCGGACAUCGGCGCCGCCAACGGAACCGAUAUUAGUGGUGGCGGAGGAGGACAUCGACUUACCGCCGAUGAUAAUGGUCUGAACGGUGACCGCAAGUCUGGUUCCGGUGGUCACGAGUUUUGGUGCGAAUUACACUUUACGGACAAUCAGCUGUCGUUGAGGUGUUGUCUGAUUGAUGGUCACCCGAUCGACGACGGAGUGGUCACUCUUAUCCAUUACGACACCCGAGACUUCAUGAGUAGUCAACUCUUCGGCAAAGAAGACGAUUGCGAUAAUAGAAUGGCAUUCGUCGAGUUCAUCAUCGACUCACUGAAGCGGACAUCAAACCUAUUCCGGACCCAACUCUCCGGCGCCGACACAAUCACUCCGUCCAAUCCCAGCGCCGACUCGUCGGCCAUACCUAUCGGCGACCGGUUGGCCACCGCCUACGAGUGCGGAGACCUACGGCUAAUGCUGCCCCGAAGACUCACCGCGUCGUUCAUAGAGUUCCAGCACAACGCCCACCGCCGGCGCCGGCGGACCAAAACACACGUCCGCAACAAGUCUUGGUUCCCGAACCAGAGGCAGAUCACCGGCGGUCUGGUGGACACCGUA